AUGUUACUGGUAAUCCUGGCGGUUAUUGCAUACAGCGUGGCGGCAAAUGAGAAACCAUGGUACGAUCUGAAAGACGCCGAAAGGUUGUUCCAGAAGUUCCAGUAUGACUAUAACAGACACUAUGAGGACAGUGAGGACGAGGAGAAGCAUUUCGAAGUUUUCGUUGUCAAUCUUUUGAAGAUUAACUAUUUGAACUCGAACUGGGCUGUUUAUGAUAUAAACCAAUUCGCUGAUCACACGAUAGGAGAUACUAAUUAUUUGCUAGGAUAUCUUGCAGAUAAAUACAAAAUGCAGUUGACGUCAUCA